UUAUCAAUUCUAUAAACCAAACUUCAUCAAAUUCUCUCUCAAUCACAAAAAAAAAAAAAAAAACUAUUCUCUGUUUCAAUAUUUCAACUCGUAACACUUGAAAAACCAAUUUGAAACAAAAUCAUCAAAGAGAAAAACAAUCUUUCUCACUUCUUGAUCAAACACAAAUCAUAAAAAUGGAAAAUUUAUUUCGUCUAGCUGAUCACCAAGACUUUCUCUCACGCCGUUGCAUUUGGGUCAAUGGACCUGUGAUCAUAGGUGCAGGUCCAUCUGGUCUUGCAACGGCAGCAUGUCUUAGAGAACAAGGGGUACCCUUCGUUGUUCUCGAAAGAGCUGAUUGCAUAGCAUCACUAUGGCAAAAAAGAACCUACGACAGAUUGAAACUUCACCUUCCAAAACAAUUCUGUCAACUACCUAACCUUCCAAUGCCUGAAGAUUUCCCUGAAUACCCUUCAAAGAAACAAUUCAUAAGCUACCUUGAAAACUAUGCUAACAAAUUUGAAAUCAACCCGCAAUUCAACGAGUGUGUUCAAUCUGCUAAGUAUGAUGAAACCAGUGGAUUGUGGAGGGUCAAGACAAAUGAAGUUGAGUAUAUUUGUAGGUGGCUUGUUGUUGCUACCGGCGAAAAUGCUGAGUGUGUUACUCCUGAAAUUGAAGGACUUUCUGAAUUCAAAGGUGAAGUUGUUUAUGCUUGUGAUUACAAGUCAGGGAAAAAUUUUGAAGGAAAGAAAGUUCUUGUUGUUGGAUGUGGAAAUUCUGGAAUGGAACUCUCACUUGAUCUUAGCAAUCAUCAUGCUUUACCUUCCAUGGUUGUUCGUAGCUCGGUUCAUGUGCUACCAAGAGAAAUAUUUGGAAUAUCAACUUUUGAAUUAGCGGUUAUGAUGUUGAAGUGGUUACCACUUUGGAUUGUGGACAAACUUUUGUUGAUUUUGACAUGGUUCAUUUUGGGUGACAUGGAAAAAUAUGGUAUCAAAAGACCAUCAAUGGGUCCAUUGCAGUUGAAGAACACCGUAGGAAAGACACCGGUUUUGGACAUUGGUGCCUUGGAGAAAAUUAGAUCCGGUGAUAUAAAUGUUGUACCUGGAAUCAAAAGAAUUAAUAAAAAUGGUGAAGUUGAGCUUGUUAAUGGUGAAAAGCUUGAUAUUGAUGCAGUUGUUCUUGCUACUGGUUACCGCAGCAAUGUCCCUUCUUGGCUUCAGGAAGGUGAAUUUUUCUCAAAAAAUGGAUACCCAAAGAUGCCAUUUCCACAUGGUUGGAAGGGAAAUUCAGGACUUUAUGCUGUAGGGUUCACAAAGAGAGGGCUUUCUGGUGCUUCAUCUGAUGCUGUUAAAAUUGCACAAGAUAUUGGAAAAGUUUGGAAACAAGAGACAAAACAAAAGAAGCAACGCACUACUGCUUGUCAUAGACGUUGCAUUUCACAAUUCUAAACACACAAAUGCUGCUUCUUUUUAGUCUCAGGAAUUUUUUGUUCUAUAAACAAAAAAACAAUAACAAUAUCUUGUAAAAAAAAAUACACAUAUACAAAAAACAGAAACAGAUAGCACACAUAAAUAUAGCCCUCUCCUAAGACCCAAGUUUUUUAUGUGGUUGGUUAGUUUUUGAAAACCAUAAGGAUGAUGAGGCUCUUUCAUUCUUUUCUUUUUUUAAACAUUCCAAUGUAUUUCAUUUGGUUGAUAUAUAUGUAACACAGUAUCAUAAUUCUUCAGUGAUUAAUAAAUUAAAGUUCAAUGAA